UUUCAUUUCUUGACAUCUUCGAACCUGUAAGAAGUUUAAAAACAGAGGCCUUAAAAGGGAAAAUUCUAAGUAGAAGGAUAAUUGUGGAGGACAGAUGAUCAUGAGAUAUUACUUUAUCCUUUUGCUUUCCUCAACAAUAUUUUGCUCCUCUGAUGUGGACGUUGUCCAGGAGAAUAAUGUAAAAAUUGUUCAAGCUGGAGAGGAUGUGAACCUCACCUGCACAUUUUCACCUAAUAUGCAAUUGUCAACAGCAUGGUUUAAACACACGGCUGAUGGAAAAACUUUACAGAUUGUGUUUAAUCUGUUUUUUACAAAAAGUCCCAUUUGGAAUAACAACUCUGAGAAAAUGAACAAUGUAAAUGUUAUCAUAAGAGAAGGUUAUUUUAAUCUGACCAUUUUAAAGACAAAGCCUUCAGACUCUGCAACAUAUUACUGUGUAGUUUCAUCAUAUCAAGCCAUUGGAAUGGGUUCAGGAACUAGAUUAAUUGUCAGAGAUGCAGCCACAGACAGAAACACAACUCUUCAUCAGUCUUCAAUAGACUCUGUUGAUCCAGGAGAUUCAGUGAAUUUGCAGUGCAGCAUCUUCACUGAAAGCUGUGCAGGAGAUCACAGCGUCUACUGGUUUAAGCAAAGCUCAGGAGACUCUGAAGGAGUGCUUUACACCAAAGGAGAGAGAAAUGGCCGCUGUAAGAACAGCACUGAGUCUCAAACGCAGAGCUGUGUCUACAGUUUCCACAAGAACAACAUCAGUCGCUCUGAUUCUGGCAUUUACUACUGUGCUGUGGCCUCAUGUGGAGAAAUACUGUUUGGAAGAGGAACUCAACUGAAUAUUAAAGAAAGUGGUGAUUUAUAUCCUGGUCUUCUUGCUCUUGGAAUUUCAAAUGUUAUAUUUUUGGCCCUUGUUGUUUUUCUGGGAGUAAAACUCAGGAGUCAGUGUAAAAUGCUUGCAGCUCAAAGAACUCAAAAUGAAGACAGCCUAAACUACACACCCAUUAAUUUUAGCCAGAAUUCUAGAAGAGUUGCAGUAAGUGACUCUCAAGACCAAUAUUUGUAUGCAAUGGUCAGAUCACAAAAGUAACAUUUCACAUCUGCAUUAUUGAAAUAUUCAAUGGACUUAAUUUGAAUAAUUUCAGUUAGUGCUACUCAGUUUCCUUUAAUCCAUCUGUAACAAUCAAGAUAUUUAAAGGAAAGGGUUAUUCAAGUGUUUGUUAUCUUAAAAUGUCAACCAAAAAAAAUAUUGUAAGAUGAUAGCUAUAUAGCUGGCCAAAUUAGAAUGUUUUUGUAUAUUACUGUAUUAUUUUGAUUUUACUGUAUUUGUACUAUUAUAAUUUGCUAAAGAUAUGUGUGGUUUUAUGCGACUGAAUAAUGCAUGUACUGUAUGCUGUUAGACUCUUGUGUGCAACCUCAUUUAACAUCUCUUUUUGGAUCACAUGUGUACAGUAUUGUUCAAUUGCACCAUCUUAUAUACCAGUUAUAUAUGUGAAUAAAUAUAUAUGAAGAUCAUGUGAA